AUGCGCGAAGCGCGCCUGCGCCGCUUCGGGCAGCAAGAUUCCGGUGAUCGCCCUGCCCCAGAACCAGCGCCAAAAGCGCGGCCUGAAACGCCCGCCGCUCCGCCGCCGAGCCCACCGGCCGACGCCGCCUUGCCGCCCGCGCCGACGCGCGGCCGCGUCGAGAUCGUCGCGACAUUCGCGCUCGAGGGCGGCGCGUCGCUCUCCGUCGGCCAGGGCGACAUCACCAAGUACGAGGGCGGCUGCGUCGUCAACGCGGCGAACCGCGGCUGCCAGGGCGGCGGCGGCGUCGACGGCGCGAUCACGCGCGCGGGCGGCCGCGAGCUCGCCGACGCGCGCCGCGCGCUGCCGAGGCCCUUCCCCGGCACGCGGGACCGCUGCGCGACGGGCGACGCCGUGCGCACGGGCCCGUCCGCGGGCCGCGGCUUCGGCUCGCUGCGCGCGCGCUACGUCGUCCACGCGGUCGGGCCCGACUACUCGGAGAAGGGCAUGUCCGAGGCCGAGUCCGACGCGCUCCUCGCGGCGACCUACGCCGCGGCGAUCCGCGAGGCGGCCCGGUGCGAGGGCGUCACGAGCGUCGCGCUCCCGUUGAUCUCCAGCUCCAUCUUCCGCGGCCGCCGCGCGCUCGGCGGCCUCCUCGAGGUGUCCGUGCGCGCGCUCGCGGCGGCCCUCGAGUCGUCGCCGCUCGAGGAAGCCGUGCUCGUCGCCCACACGGCCGCGGAGCGCCUCCAGCUCCUCGCGGCGGCGGACGCGGUCCUCGAGGACCGGCCCGCGACGCGCUACCGCGCGACGGCGAAGAAGACGCCGCCCAAGGCGAAACCCGCGGCGGACGUCGACCUCACGGACGACGCCGCUCCUUCGGCGGACGUCGACUUGACGGACGACGUCGACGUCGACUUGACGGGCGACGACUUCGCGGGCGACGACUUCGGGCCUCCGGCGAAGCGGGCGCGCGUCUCGGAGAAGAAAAAGGCGCCGGCCGGGAGCCGCGGGUCGCCCAUCGACUUGUCGCAGGGCACGCCGUUCGAGUUCGUCGUCGACCUGUCGUUGGACGACGACGACGGCGGCGGCGGCGACGACGACGUCGUCGUCGUCGAGCCCGCCGCGAUCCAGAAGCACCUCAAGCGGUUCAAGGCGCGCGCCGGAAACGCCGCGCGGUCCCUCAGCGAGAUCCGGCGCGACCACGCGCGGGAGCAGGCCCAGCUCGAGAGCGACGCCAAGUUCGCGCGCGAGCUCGAGGCGCGCGAGCGGGCGACGGAAGGCGACGCGGCGCUCGCGCGGAGCCUGGCGCAGGCCGACGGCGACCGCGCGCUCGCGAAGCGGCUCCAGCGCCAGCUCCGCGACGCGCCGGACGAGGGCGCGUCCUGGACCGCGCCGUCGCCCGAGGGGCUCCUGGACGUGUUGGCCGACCAGCGGAAAGGCAUCCGCUCCUGGCUCGCGACGCACGCGCGCGGGCUCCGCGUCGUCCACGUCGAGGAGAACCGCCACGCGCGGCCGGGCCAGCCGCUCUACAACCGCUUCGUCACCGCCUGGGAGCGCGUGCAAGACCAGACGGUCAAGCUCGUCUUCCACGGCACGGCCGAGGCGAACAUCGGCGCGAUCCUCCGCAACGGCCUCGACCCGAGGCGCCGCUCGGGCCAGGCGCACGGCCCGGGCGAGUACUUCGCCGGCGAGAAGAACAGCGCCAUCUCCGUCGCCUACUGCAGGGGCGGCAAGAAGAUGCUCGUCUUCGCCGUGCUCGUCGACCGCUCGGGCCUCACGAAGGACUCGCCGCAGAUCGUCGUCAUCAACAAGCCCGAGCACCAGCUCCCGCUCUUCGUCCUCACCUUCGCCGGCCCCGGCGACCAGGGCUAA